GUAGAGUAGUCGCCUUGGAGAAUUCGAAAUAAAUAGCAUGGAAUUUGUAUAGAUAAAAAGUAAACUUUAAAUAAUGCUGUAAUAAAUUAGAAGAAUUAUAAAAUUUCUAUAAAGGCCUGUUUUUAUUCCUAAGCAAAUGUAUUUACAUGCGUGAGUGUAAUGUUUUUACAAUAGAAGUACAGGCACCCUACAAAACAAAUUGGCUGAUACCAAACAUUUACAUUUGUAGUGGAUUUUACCAAACUAAAAUGAAAAGACGUGUUGCAAAGUAUAAACAAAACAUUAAUAAAAAACUAUAAGAAAACGAAGAAUUUUACAUAAAAUGUAAAGUGUUUAUCUAUGGAACUUGAACUCGUACUUAAAUGUUUUACUAUACUUUGUCCAAGGCUAUGUGGUUUCUGCCAAACAAAUUGAUGUGACAUAGUAAUAGACAUUGGCGAAUUUUCUGACUGCUGUUUUCAAUGCAAAUACUUACAUAUUUACUGAAAGCAAUAAAUUAAUGCAGUUUCUAGACUAGUCUUCGAGGAAAAAAUAUUUUAGUAAUGCAAGAAAUGCGAUAUGACAUCACAAAGCUGGCGAGUGUAUGGAUAUUCAGCACUGAUUACUAUAUAUUUAUGCAGCGUGGUAUUUUUUUCUAUGAAUAGUUCACCUCAUCCCAACCAAAAAAAUGGAAACGUCGAAAGAUUCGCCGAGUUUGCAAAUUUCCGCAACACGAGAUUUCGUGGUUUCACUUCAAGGACAAAUAUUCGUUGGUGUAAUGGCCUUAAGUACCUUAAGACAGACGUUUCGAGUCACAUGAUCACAACUGUGCCGACCCCCCAAAGCACAAUUAAAGUGAUGCCUAUAGAUGAGAGUAAAAAUAAUGCCGAAUAUCAAAUAACAGGACUGACUGCGUUAGCAUCAUUUCCCGGGAGCGGUAAUACUUGGCUGCGUUAUUUAUUACAGCAAGCAACAGGAAUUUUAACGGGAAGUGUCUACAAAGAUUAUGGAUUACUGAAAACUGGGUUUCCAGCUGAAAACGUACGAAAUAAUUCCGUAUUGUUAGUAAAAACUCAUGAGUUCGGACCAAAGGCAUGGGAGCCAUUUACCAAAGUUAUUUUAUUAGUACGCGACCCAGAGAAGGCGAUUUUAGCGGAAUUUAAUCGACAAAGUGGCGGUCACAUUGGAUUUGCUGCGCCUGAUCGCUACAAAAGAACUAAGGGAAAAUAUUGGCAACAAUUCGUGCUAAAGAGCUUAAAAAUGUGGGAAGCAACUAAUUUGAGUUGGGCUCGAGACUUUACAGGAAGUAUCAAGGUUGUGUUCUACGAAGAUUUGGUUGGAAAUUUGGAAUCAACUUUAAGAGGAAUACUCAACUUUUUAGAAUUUCCUAUUGAUGAGAAUCUCUUGAGCUGCACAUUAUUGAGGAGGGAAGGCGUUUUCCGGAGAAAGAAAAGGUUUCUGAACUUUGAUCCCUUCACAGCAUCCUUGCGUGCCAUGAUAAGAGAAAAAAAACUGGCCGUAUAUAAGUAUCUGGAAAGUCUCAAAUAACGAAGGUCAACUGGUAGACUUAAAUACUAAUGUACAUAUGUAUGUACUCAACUACAAAGAACCAACGAAUAAAGUACCGUUGAGUCUGCGCAAAUUGUUAAAAAUACUCAUAUUAUAAAAUAUAAUUAAUGCAUUGAACAAACGUACGCAUGUGCAUACAAACUAUUUUGGCUUGCUAGGCUUUUAAUGAGUGUUUGUCUGUAUAAUAAAUAUUUAACCAAUGUUUUCCUAUUUUUUGUUUUUAUAUGUACAAACCAGAGUAAAAAUCAUAACAUUACUAUACUUGUAAGUUAAAACUUUUUCAAAUUAUUUCUUAAUUAAAAAUGUAAAAUAUUAGAUAUACAUAUUUUGAACUAUGAUACUAUAAAGUGAGACAAUAAAUAAUCCAAUAAACGAACAGUGUGCAGUUAUGAAAAAAUAUUUAAGUUAUUAACGAUUUGAAUUAGAUCAAAUAUUCAUAUAAAAAUUGGGUAUGUCUAAGGUUAUUUUAAACAAAUUGGUUUUGUUGUGAUCUGUUAGCCUAUGAAAGAAAAUUUUUUUUUUCAAAAUUAAAUUAUUAUCGCAGACGUAACUAAAAGUUGGAUAAGUAUCGGUUAAAGUAUAGUAAAGUAUUUGGCUUAUUAAGAUAACAUUAUCAUAAUUUAUCAUGAUUAAUGCUUCCAAACGUAUUUAUAUUUUCCUGUAAUAUUAGAUUUUUUUGUCCCCCCUCUACCUUUUCUGAUUAUAUACUAUUAAAUUCAAUAAGUAUUAUUUUUAAUUUACUUUAAAACUUUAUAAAUAUCUUAAUAUUGAAUAUAUUUCACAUUUUAUUAUUUAAGUGAUAGCCGUUUGAAUGAACAAACUCUUCGAUUAAUAUGAUUUGAAAUAUUAUGUUA